GAGAGGCCCCACCCAAAGCUAUCUCCACUGAGAGAAUCCAGGAUUGAGAUGAACUGCUCUGGAGAGCCCAGAGACCAAAGGGAAUGCCAGCAACACAGUAGGGUCCCACUAAAGUGCACGGGAUUGACAGGCCAGACUAGUGGAGUGAAAACUUCCAAGCAACAAUAGCAGUACAAGCCAACAGGUGGAUGGGCAGGUGGAGUAUUAAUCACAGAACCGGGUGCCAAGAACUGGAGCAUUGAGGAGCAGCCCGGGAGAUGCCUGCGCUGAGGCCCGGAACUGCAGGAUGGUGCGGGGUACAGACUCAGGCUCAGGUCUCCUCUCUCAGGUCCAGCCUGGGUGUGAAGAAGAUCUUGGCCAUCGCCAUCCUGGCCAGCAGUGUUCUGUCCACUGCCCACAGCAGCCUGUUCAACCUCAAGUCCAUGGUGGAGACUAUCACAGGCAGAGGUGCCAUCCUGUCCUUCGUGGGCUACGGCUGCUACUGCGGGCUGGGGGGCCGCGGUCAGCCCAUGGAUGAAGUGGACUGGUGCUGCCAUGCCCAUGACUGCUGCUACCAGAAGCUCUUUGACCAGGGCUGCCGCCCCUAUGUGGACCACUAUGACUACGUGAUCGAGAACGGCACUGUGAUUGUCUGCAGUGAACUCAACGAGACAGAGUGUGACAAGCAGACGUGUGAGUGUGACAAGAACGUGGCCCUGUGCCUCAAGAACCGGGAAUACAGGGAAGAGUACCGUGGCUACCUCAACAUUUACUGCAAGGGCCCCAUGCCCAACUGCAGCAUCUACGACCCACACCCAGAGGAGGUCACCUGUGGAUAUGGCUGCUCAGCAGCCUCCGCCCUGCCCCAGCACCUCUAAGGCCAGGAACUAGGUCUGAGGAGGAGGAGGGUUUGGCUGGAGGCCAGACUGAUGGAGCAUACGGAAAUGGGCCAGAUCUGAGCCCAGUGGUCCCCUGUUGUCCCCUCCCCAGAGCCCUACUGAGACCCCACCAGCUCUUCCAGCUCAGCCCUGGAACGGAGGCUUCCUCUUACCCCUGAUUCUGGCCUUGGUAGGAAGCACAUGGCUUGUUGGGGUCUCUCCAGAGUAUGGAAGGCAAGACCCAAGAAGGAAAAAUGGACCUCUGUUGCUGGUCCCAGCCCGACUCCAGAGUCUGAGACCUGGCCACUUCAGGCCUCUAGGACAGACCUGGCUCGGGAUAGUUUAUCUCUGCUUCAGGGGCUUGUGGCACUUUAGAGCCCUAUUAACUGAGCUGGUACCCCUGCCCCCCAUGCUCAUGGAAAUGGCACAGGAGUCCCAGCCCAGACACCAAAAGGAUGUCCCAGUCCCAAAAUCCAAGAGCCUCUGAGCAAGUGACUCUGUCCUGGGAGCGUAAGAAUUAGGAUGCAGGUGCACGGGAUAUACCCCCAAUAUGCACAGCUCUUCUCCAUGACCUUUGACCCAGGCACACAAGAGAUGCACCCUGCCCUGCUCAUAUAUUGCUCUGAGGAGCAAUAUAUGAGUGUCCUCCAGCACAGAGAGGCAGGACCAGCACCCCGGUAUGCGCUGAAGCAGCCAGGCUGAGACACAAGACACUGAUGCUCUGUCCAGUGCCAGGUGUCAGGAGUCCUGUCCAUGAGAAGAGGCUGAGAGUGAGACCCACUCAGUGAAGAGGGACAAAAAGAUGGAAGGGGAAGUGUGGAGGCAGGAGGCUGGAGGAGGGGGCGAUGUGGUUAUGAGGGAAGGGGGCAGGAAAAGGCAGGAUGGAGGCCUCUGGGCAUGCUGGCAGAGGUGAGGGGCCCGGCUCUACACCAUGCCUACCUCUGUGCCCAGCACUGUCUUGCCAGGUCUCGGUUCCCAGCUGGCCUCACCUUCCAUGUAGGGUCAGGGACUCCACUCAGCAACCCUACCUUCCACCACCUCCUGCCUCAAUCUGCGUCAAUCCCGAGGAGCCCCAGGAGCCAUCUGCUCUGCAGACAAUGACAAGACCCACCAAGAAGUUCAGUCUGCUCGGCAGUGUCCCAUGGGCCACUGUCACUGGGGAAGAGAGCCAAGCCUGACUGGAGGGGGAAGCAGGAAGGAGCAUCUGCAAGGAAGACAGUAGAACAGGCCAGAAGCCUUACCCAGCCACACAGCAGCUUCUGGAACAGCAGCCCUGGGACCGAGGGGUCGCUGUGCCUGGGUCUGACUGUGCUGUGACCAAACCUGCCCAGUCACGGGAGCUCCCUCAUCUGCCCUCUCAGGGGUCUGCCCAGCAAGCCGCCACCUCCUUCCUCCUCAGCUGGCCAAGUCCCAGCCCACCAAGCCAGUGCAGAGCUGGGAUGGACAGGACACUCCAGCCUCUUGCAGGGUCUUUGCCCCUGGCCUAUGGGUCGUCUACCAGUGCACAAUCUCCUCUUCUGAAGGUCCGUACUUGCAUACAGGGAGGAGGCUCUGCAGUUAUGGGGUCCCUCCACCCCCUUUUCAUCCCAGGCUCUCCCAGAUGCUGCAGCUCCCAAGAAUCUCCUCCACAUGAUUCAGCACCCCCUUCUCAAAUGAAUAAAGGCCUUCUGUCUCA